CUUGGAGAAGCCCAGCCUUGCGGGCAGGGGGACGAGGCGGCGGCGGAGGCUCUCACCAGCCUCGGACUGAGCGGCGGCCGAGAGGGGCCUCGGCUCCUGGCGCUUCAGGGUCCCUCCCCGGGAGGAAGCCGCGGCCGCGCGUCCCGAAGCAGCGCUCGCCAUGGCGGGCGGGCCCCCUAAGGCCCUGCCGUCCACCGGGCCCCACUCCCUGCGCGACAUGCCGCACCCGCUGGCCGGCUCCAGCAGCGAGGAGGCCAUGGGCGGCGACAGCACGCCCAGUCCGGACCUGCUGAUGGCCCGCAGCUUUGGUGACAAGGACCUCAUCUUGCCCAACGGUGGGACUCCAGCUGGCACUUCCAGUCCUGCUUCUUCUUCUUCCCUUCUAAACAGACUCCAACUUGACGAUGACGCUGAUGGUGAGACCAGAGAUCUCUUUGUCACAGUUGAUGAUCCCAAGAAGCAUGUCUGCACAAUGGAGACGUACAUCACAUAUAGAAUCACCACCAAGAGCACUCGGGUGGAGUUUGACUUGCCAGAGUAUUCUGUUCGUCGAAGAUACCAGGAUUUUGAUUGGUUGAGGAACAAACUGGAAGAAUCCCAGCCCACUCAUCUCAUUCCCCCGCUUCCUGAGAAGUUUGUGGUGAAAGGUGUUGUAGACCGCUUUUCAGAAGAGUUUGUGGAGACCAGAAGAAAAGCUUUGGAUAAAUUCCUGAAAAGAAUUACAGAUCAUCCUGUGUUGUCUUUCAAUGAACACUUUAAUGUUUUCCUUACUGCUAAGGACCUGAAUGCCUACAAGAAGCAGGGGAUAGCAUUGCUGACAAGAGUGGGUGAGUCAGUCAAGCACGUCACUGGAGGCUACAAGCUGAGAAGUCGGCCUCUUGAGUUCGCCGCCAUAGGUGAUUACCUGGACACUUUCGCACUCAAGCUGGGAACCAUCGAUCGGAUAGCCCAGCGGAUCAUCAAAGAAGAAAUAGAGUAUCUUGUGGAGCUGAGAGAAUAUGGGCCUGUGUACUCCACAUGGAGCGCUUUGGAAGGUGAACUGGCUGAGCCCCUGGAGGGUGUGUCAGCUUGCAUUGGGAACUGCUCAACGGCCUUGGAAGAGCUGACGGAGGACAUGACAGAAGACUUCCUACCUGUGCUCAGGGAAUAUAUUUUGUAUUCUGACUCCAUGAAGAGUGUGUUGAAGAAGAGGGACCAAGUUCAAGCAGAGUACGAAGCCAAACUGGAAGCCGUGGCUCUGAGAAAGGAAGAGCGCCCCAAGGUGCCAGCGGAUGUGGAGAAGUGUCAGGACCGGAUGGAGUGCUUCAAUGCUGACCUGAAGGCUGACAUGGAGAGGUGGCAGAACAACAAGCGGCAGGAUUUCCGGCAGCUGCUCAUGGGGUUGGCUGACAAGAACAUCCAGUAUUAUGAGAAGUGCCUCAUGGCGUGGGAGUCCAUUAUUCCUCUGCUGCAGGAGAAACAAGAGGCCAAGUAGAUUCAUUCUCGGGACAGAGACUUCUACCUAGCAGGGCUUGGCACCCAGUACCGGAAUGUUCUUGCAGUGCCAGAGAGGUGGCAUUGGGAAGAGCACAGCAGCCCCUCUCGUUGUGUACCUUUCCCCCUCCCCCACGGUUGUUUUCAAUUAGCAUUUCUUCCUUGAUGCAGUCGGUUUGGCUAUGAUCAUCUCUCAGCUGAAGAAGCAUACCUCUGUGUUGUGCAGAAAUGUCCUAAAUGGAACACUACGAAGACUUGAAACUGCGGGACACGAACCUGUAGCUGACAUCGCAGCAUCUCCUGACAGUUUCCUCUCUGGGGACAGCUGAGUUGCCUAUUGCAGACAGAACCCAGGUCCUACUUCUCAAGGACAUUGCAGGGGCACAAAGAAGGCAACGAUGGCUUGCUGUGGAGACCUAGUGUCUUUGCACUUGAACCUGUGGGCAGUGACUUGCCUCCGCCUUGAAGAGCCCUCCAUGGAAAGCCCUUAAUUUUCAGUGGCCCAUGGCUGUGAAUGUGUCCUACUGCCUGCGUGUGGCCGUUUUCUUGUGUCUUGUUUAACUCUAUGUCUGUACGCCAUCCAUGCUUGAGGGAGCAAGCCAGCGUCCUUGUCCUUAUGCAAUGCCUCAGGAAGCUGAGGGGAAUGCUCCCAGAUCUUGUUUCUGACACUAGAAUGCGAUAGAUGAGAAAUGUUUUGUGUAAACUCCAAAAAAGGUGUAUUUUUUCUCUGUGAAUAUUUCUUUUGCUUGUUAGUUGCCAUCACAGUUGGGAAUGGCCUUUUGGGUAAUAGCUAUUGUUUUGUAGUCAGAGUAGCCCCUUGUGGUUGACCAGUGGCUCUGUACCCAGCUCCCAUGUCUGCACUGGGCAAUUUGCCUUUACCUCACCAAAAAUACCUAGCUUAAAACUUCCUGCUGUGUCCACUGAAUGUUUGGGCAGCCUUGUGACAAGAGGGCUGGUAUGUUGUAUUGUUACGACAGUCAAAAUUUGUAAACGUAAUGUGGAUGUUCUACAUGAAGUGCUUUAACCAUUAGCAGUAGGGGUCUCAGAUGACAAAUGCAGCAAUGAACUCUGCUUACAGCUAUGCUGAAAUCUCCAUUUGCAUCCAAUUCCUGGGAACUGUUAUGAGGCUGUCUUUGCAGAUCACCACAAAGCCAACAGUCAGCAAAGAUCUGUCUUCUAGCUCAUUGACCUUCCUGAAAAGAGGCUAUGUAUUUGUGGCCCUUUCCUAUAAAACCACAAAUCCAACUCUCAAGUAAAUGGUAGGACUUUUUAACAUGAAAUAGUUGAGAUGCUGCUUUUGGUAAGUUAGCCUGCAGAUACCAGUCAGCACACAGCGUGCUGAAGUCACCUCUUCCACUCAUACCAUCUGCAGCUGGGGCACUAUGGGACAGUUUGAACAGUAUGAGACAAUUUGGUUCUUUUUUCUCAUGUUUCAAAGAGUUGCCAUUGAAGUGAUAAUUUCUACAUCCUCCGGUACUUACCUUUACUUCUGAACCCCAUCUGUGGCAUUCUAACUCUUGGAUAUGAAUUUUAUUUGGUACAAAUAGAAAUGAUCCCUGACAUAGAAGGGUGAGAAAAAUCCAUGCACCCCCAACUCCAGUGACUCAGCAUUUCAUUCUACCUCUUAACCAUCGGGUUGUUAUGGGUACGGAUGUCUGGAGCCAAUCUGGGCAUGCUGGUAGAAUCAGGGUUUGUUUCUUGUCACUGACAGCCCUCCAUUGAAGACUCCAGACUGACCCAACAGCUAAUGUUCACCUGUAGGACCCAUGAAGUUUUGCUUUAUGGGAUGUGUGCCUGGAAAAUAACUGGUGUAAUGAUGCUUGGAAAGCACUGUGGAAAGGGUCAGAGGGAAACAAGAGUUUGAUAACCUGCUAGUUGAUGAGGCCUAGAGUCAUUCUCCUGUACUAGUUAGUCAGGAAUGAAGGCAGCCCUUAAAACAGCUAGGGACUGUUUCUAGGAGCUAUGGGGAGGGGGACAGUCCACAGCCAUUCCUCCUUCAUGGGAGGCCGAGCACUGAUUCUGAAGGGACUGGCUCUGAAGGCACCAUGAGAUCUUGUCAUGCUCUGUUUGCUCACAUGUGGUGUUCCUGAGCUUUGCAACACCAGAAAGAGUUGGAGUGAUACAAACUUGCUGACCUCUUGUGCUGUUGCCAGGAAAAUCUACAUCCACUGCAGACUUGGAGGAAAUGACCCUUCUAAGAAGAGUCUCUUGUCCCUGUCUUCAGCUGGUGUCUGAUGAGCUGAGGAAGCUGGCUGAGAAAGAUGGGAACAUGAGCCAAUGAAGGAGGCUUUCCCACCCUCCCCACUCCUGCAGCUCCCUCAUGCCCCUGAAGCUCAGCAUUUGCAUCCUCUUUAUGGCCCAGGACAGAGGAGAUGCUCUAUGCGAAGUGUAGCUUAGAGACUUCAGUGCCAAAGAUGCCUCGGAGAGCCUUCAUUUUCUCUGGAGCUCACAGAGUUUCUGUCCUGAGAUCACGGACUCCUCUGGUGGAGUUUCCAUGAGAUUCUGGCUCGAGGGUGCACUCUACCUCAGGCUGAGGGACACAUGUAGGCUUUGAGGCUUGAGUAUGUGACAGUGGAAUGAAGACAUUCCCAACAGCUGCCCAGGUUCUGAGACAUGAAAGGCUUUCUUCACGUGGAUUGGGAUUCCAGGUGUUGACAGAAUUCCUUUCAGCAGAAUUGAGAGAUGCAGGUGAUGUUUAAGAGAGCAGUUGUGAUUUGUAGCAGGUCUGGACACUAAAAGUUGGGGAUCUGCAAGAAGAGUCUGGGCUGCUCGGUUCAAAGCCAGGAAACACUGCUCUGCACUGAGGAGGGAGCACGCUAGUCAGUAGCUGCCUUGGGGCUGGGUUUUAUCACACAAAGCUUGGUGGUGGCAGGUAAACAAAGUAUGAGGGAGGCUCUUGGACUCCCCAGACAUCUUUCUGUAGCCAAAAUCACAAAAAUGUGGCAUGUCUAGGGGUGGAGACGGGGAUGAGAAUGUAAGGGCUUUUUUCUCGGCAAACUUCAUCCCUAUGGAGCGUGCUCCAGAUGUCAAGGGAAGCAGGUUCCCUCAGCCACUGCUUUACACAAGGGAACUGUACCCACACUUCUUUGGGGGGCUUGAGAGGAAGUUCUGUUUUCCAUGUGGGCAUGGUGUCCAGGUGCCAGUUUCAAGUAAGGUUUCUCUCUUGUAAUGAUACUUUAAGGGACACCAGAGUUUGUAUGACUUGUUCCUGCCUUAUGACACUGGAACCUCGGGCAGCUGGCUCUGUUUUGAUGAGGUCGUUGGACUGUGGGAAAGUCAUUCUCUACUGAGCUGCUGAGAGAGGAGGUGGUGGAGCACCUGAGGUGCUUGCAGACCUCAUCUGUUUAGGUCUUAGUGUGGCCUAGAACUGGGCUCCAUUCUGGCUGGAUGGAGGUCUUGACCACCCUGAAGGGUGAUUUAUCCCAAGGACCAGCUACCUGUGUUUAUAGGCCACACCCCUGUAGACCCUACCUUCCCUCAUGUCUACUUGAAGGCCCCUGGAAAUGGAGUGAGCUCAUUCUAUGGCCGGGAACACAGCUUUGGUCAUGUUCAUUUAUAAGAUUAUGUUGAGAAUUUGGUGUUGCUUCUCACUUUUAACUGUCCUCAAGACGGCAAUAGAUUGGAUGUGCCUCCUCCCAGCCCCUGUUCCUUGGGCUUUCUCUACUGAGAAGCAGGUGGCACUUAGCAGUACAUUUGAGGAAGAUGCCUUCUCCUCGGUCAGACCUGUUGGGGGUGUGGGAGCUGUUCUGCUUUGCUUUUAGCUUGGUGAAUAAUCAGGAAUGUGACUUUUCACUGACUUAUUCUGGAGGUUGUCAGGAUUUUGUUUUGACGAUGCCUGGUGUUCCCGGGUUGCACGUGUCCAAGUGCAGGGGAUGUUUGCAUCAAAAAAGCUGGGGUGAAAGCUCUGUUGUGAGGGGCAGACUAGUCUUUUAAUCAUAUCGUUUGAAAUGUAUCCUAGGUAUGACUGUCCAACCCUAUAUAUGUGGCAAAAAACCAUUAUAAAGUAGUUUUUACUACUACGCAUAGCUUGUAAAUAAGUGCUAUGAAAAAAUAAUUUAAUAAACCAGUAACAUGCAUUUCAUAUAAUUAUUCUAUGGACUUAGCACUUGAAAAAUCAAAACAUCCAAAAUUUUUUUAAAAGCCACAGACUGUUAAAAAUUGAAUUCUACUUUUCAAGGUUUUAUCAUUACCUAUUAAUAUGCCUUAUUCUUCAACUAGUGUUUAAACAGUUCUUGGUAGGGUUUUAGAUAUAUAAUCAGUUCAGCUAAAUUUAACAGUCUUCUUAAAGUAACCAGCCAGAAGGUAAGGGCCAUAAUUGGGGUGGCCUGAGAGGAGAAACUAAAUAUUGCUAUUGCCAAAUGAUAUUUUUAAUAACGCAAGGAAACAGGGACCACAACACCUUUUUGUUUUCAAGAGUAUAAGACUAAUUUAGUGCCUUUUGGCAUAGUUUUUGAUUAUAGAGGAUAUGGUAUCAGCAUUGACAAAUCAUUUAGAUACACAGAACUCUAUAGAUUAUGACAGUAUUAAAGGUUUACCCUGCUUUUGCAGAACAGCUUUUUAAGAUUCUGUAGGGUCCUCAGAGCUAUAUGUUUGGGGUGGAAGUUCUUCACAGGUUAAAAUGCCAAAAAUUCCACAGUGAUUAGGUCAUGUUAGCAGCGCUCUUACUCUUCAAGCCACUGAUGAAGAGUUGCCUAUGGCCUCUCCCAGAAGUACCUCCCUAGCACCAGCUGAUCGAUCCUGGGUGCUCUGGGACCAGGUCAGAGCAGCUCACACCUGUGGGACAGGUUAAUUCACCAUCUUGUACCAACAUCCUGUCAGAAAUGAUGGUGAGAAUGGGGCGAGAAAAGCAGGUUGAAAGCAGGAUGUGAAUUGGUGGCAGCUGGGUCUUUUCGUUGGAUUACAAACCAGCAUCUUUUAGCAGUCUGCACUGAACACCACCAAGGCUUUGAUCCAUAGAGCCCUGUUCAUUGUAUCUCUCUGUGCCUGCUCCCUUCCUCCCUGUGGGUGGGGAAUGCUUGGAGACAUGCCCUAUGUCUGAUACACUCCCAUGAAACAAACUGCCAGCAGUCUUUUUAACUCGUAUUUUAACUGUUUAAGAAGAGAUCAAACUUUUGCUUAGGGCAUGUCCAAAUUAUGGACUGUUUCUUAUUUUUAAAAAUUGUCCUUUGUGUUUUAAAAUUUUUAAAGAGAAAGAAAAAGUCUUCUGAGGGAUUGCUGGAAUCUUCUGUGUAAAUGUCUUUUCUUUCCACUCUGCCAUUAAGCCAAAACAAAAGCUGUGAAAAUAAGUGCUUGAGAGAACUAUGUGGGUAAGACAGGGAUUUAUUUACAGAUUGAAGUCUUUGUCUCAUGAAACUACCAAAUGCUAAAAAGAAUGUCAUUUUUUCUUUGUUAUGGAACCCAGAGAUUAUAAAAAUGGGGGAAAAAAAGUUGUUUUGGAGUUUUUGAUGCUGGCACAAGGUAUUUUUUUAUUUUUGGUCUUGUUUUCAUAUAUCUAAGAAAUUAUGUUUAUUGUUUACUAUGGGAUUAGUAUUACAUUCUGAGGUAAAUGAAUUUGUAUUGCUUCAUAAACUAUCAGCUUGUAAAUUAAACAAGAAAGUUCUUUACCUCAAUUAACUUAAAAGUAAUGGACCAAUAAACCUGUAAAAAAUGCUUUCUUUA